UUGGAGGAUGCCCGGCAACCGUUUUUUUUUUUUUGGGGCUCGCUCAUUGCCUGUUGUUUUACACUUUCCCCUCCUCUCUCUCUCUCUUUCUCUCUCUCUCUCUCUCAAAACGCCUCUCAAACAUCCUCCUCAGUCCUCACCCUUGUCCUUCACUCCUUUUCAUGCUUAACGCACGUUUACCUCCUCUCUCUCCUCACCAAACCAAACCGCAUUGUUCUUAGGUUUCUAGUUAGCUUAACCUCGACGCGAUUUCGCAGUUGUUUUCGUUCUGUCACUGUCUCUCUAUGUCAUUUUUUGUGUUAGUGAAUGCGUGUGUUUUUUCUGUUUUGCCGGGAGAGACGAAGUGAUGAUUUUCUAGUGCAAAAUGUGUUCUUUCUCUUCGAACUCGUCGCCCUCUGAGAUUCUGUUUCUGGGUUUUUUUGCUUGUUUUGAGCCCGGCAUUCUCUUAUGUUUUAGCUGCAAAUUUUACUAGGUGGUCGUCGUUUUGGCUUGCAUGUCGUUUUUCUUGCGAGGGUUCUGUCCGGUGGAGUGAUUUGAAGCAAAAAAGCUCGAUUUUUCAAGUUGGUUUCUGUGUUUUUUGGGUUUUUUGAAUUCAGGAUUCUCAUAUCUGAAAAGGGUCCAAUGCGUUUCCUAGAAUUUUGAUUUUUUUGGGCAGUUUUUCUCUUUUGAAGUUGUUCUUUCGGAGUUGUUCUCUGAAUUCCAUAUUUGUUCGUCUUCAAAGGGGAUUGAAAGGUUGGUUGCUUAAUUUAGGGUUUUGACAGCAUGGGAUUGGGACGUGGUGCUUCUGUUGUAUCUAAGAACGUCGGAAAAUCAAAGGGAAAGAAAAAGAAAGAUGAUCAAGAUGAAGUGACAGGAUGCUGGAUGAAGUUAAGGUUCAUGGGGAUGUGCAUGUCUCCAAAGACCAAACUGAAUAGGCCUACAAGUGGAACUAGCUCACCAGCUGGGGAAAGUAAAGGUACAAAUGACUCGAUCAAAGACCAGCCAGCUGCUCCAGUUGCUUCGUCUUCAUCCACCAGUAACACAGGAAGCACUGUGUCUACUCCCAAGGCAGCUGAGGAACUGAAAGUGGCUUCUCAGCUACGAAAAUUCACCUUUGAUGAGCUUAAGUCUGUAACAAGGAAUUUUAGACCUGUGAAUCUUCUGGGCGAGGGUGGAUUUGGUUGUGUAUAUAAAGGCUGGAUUGACGAACAUGGAACUACUCCAGUAAAACCUGGAGCUGGGCUUGCAGUUGCCGUAAAGACUCUGAACCAUGAGGGACUUCAAGGUCAUAAAGAAUGGCUGGCUGAAGUUAAUUAUCUUGGCAACCUACUUCAUCCAAAUUUAGUCAAGCUAUAUGGUUAUUGCAUUGAGGAUGAUCAAAGGUUACUUGUCUAUGAGUUUAUGCCUCGAGGAAGCUUGGAGAAUCACCUCUUUAGAAGGACCUUGCCGCUCCCUUGGCCUAUCCGGAUGAAAAUAGCUCUUGGUGCUGCACAGGGUCUUACCUUUCUUCAUGAGGAAGCCAAAAGGCCAGUGAUUUAUCGAGAUUUUAAAACAUCUAAUAUACUGCUGGAUGUGGACUACACCGCUAAGCUUUCUGAUUUUGGGCUCGCAAAAGAUGCUCCGGAGGGAGACAAAACUCAUGUCUCCACCCGAGUUAUGGGCACUUACGGUUAUGCAGCCCCUGAGUAUGUAAUGACAGGACACCUCACUUCAAAAAGCGAUGUCUAUAGCUUCGGUGUGGUUUUGCUUGAAAUGUUGGUUGGUAAAAGAUCUAUGGACAAAAACCGACCCAAUGGGGAGCAUAACUUGGUUGAGUGGGCACGCCCGCAUCUGGGAGACAGGCAAAGGUUCUACCGUCUAAUAGAUCCUAGACUUGAAGGCCACUUCUCUAUCAAAGGUGCUCAGAAGGCGUUUCAUUUGGCUGCCCGUUGUCUUAGCCGUGACCCCAAGGCUAGACCUCUGAUGAGUGAAGUCGUUGAAGUGCUGAAGCCUCUUCCUGACCUCAAUGACAUGGCCAGAUCCUCAUCUUACUACCAAGCCUUGCAAGCUCCUGGGUCUAAUCCAAAUUCUCGAAAUGGCGGUAGAGGGCUGGUUGGGGUUUCAAGGAACGGACAACCAACUAGAACCCGAUCCAUGCCAAAUGGUCCGCAUGCCUCACCAUGUCACCUAAACUAUCUUAACCGAUCACCCAGACCUAUUUCGCAAUCUGCACAAUCGUAAGAUUGAGCUCCUCUUUGAUUUCCAUUUCGUUUCCUUGCGUCAGAAGUUAACGUUUAAGGGAUAUGACAGUGGGAAAAGAAAAGACCUCAGUUGUUGUAUUGAGUUAAAUGUCAAUGUGUUCUUAGUAGAGUCGAGUUUAUAGGGUUUUGCCAUCAAGCUUAGCUUGUAUGGCUAGACAUAGAUAUUGAGCAUAGAAAUUUACCAAAGGAACAUUUAAACUAGCCAAAGAAAAGAAUCUUAUAGGUGGUGGUUGUAUGUGAAGUGUAAAGGGGUUUCCUGUGUUUUCUUGUUUCUUCGUUAGUAACUGUCUUUAUCGGUAA